AUGCAGCUUUUCAUGCGGAAUAUCGCAUUCGCUGUAACCGAAGAUGAUCUCAAGCUAGCUCUCGCUGAGAGACUCCAUCGCCCUCCGUUCAAUACCGAACCUCGUAUAAACUUCCAUAUUCACCUCUUCCGCGCUCCUCGCAGUCGCGCACACAAGGGCAUGGGGCUUUUGACCCUCCCCACUGACGAUGUUGCCACCCUUUUCCUUGGCAUAUAUGGGGUUUCCGGGAUCAAUCUACAACAUUGUGUCAUGUUGUUCACGCCUAGUACCAAACCCCUUGACACAGCUCUGGUUGAAGCUGUAAGGGUUAGACCCUAUGUCGAUCCUAGACGCGUACAGCAAGACAAUGCGCACAAGCAGGAACUUUCAGGUUCCAUCGCACUAAAGAAUUUCUCGUUCGGUCGUAUUUGUCGUGACGGCGUGUUCUCUCCAGAAGUUAGCUACUAUGGCCAUGUAGCUUGCAACUUGGAAACCAGACGCUUGGACAUAACUUGUCAACCUCCUACAGCCGCUUCAGCUUCGUCCAGCAAUGACGAAGACUUGAGCCACUCAUUCUCCCGGCUUCUUAAUAUCGACUUCAAGGUGAAUUUCGACCGCCUCUUGAACACCGACACAUCUGUGCACUAUACUGCUAGGCAUAUCAGCACGUUUGUUGUUUCUGGAGAGCGCGUUUUUCUACAAUCAGAUCUACCCCCCAACUUCCAACGACCGAGCGGCAGUAUUCUCAGCAACAUGAUCAACCCUGGAGACAUUUUUGAAGAAAAUGUCAAGGCCCUUCAUUUCCCCAACCACCAGCGACGCGAUGUUCGAGUAGAAAUGCGGCAAUGCUACGACUCAGCCAAGAUGGAGAGGCUACGGAUUCUUCUUGGGUCGCUUGACUUCGCAUUGGCGUUCCAAAUCGACAAGGCUGUGUGGACAGGAAUGCUUGAGCCUUCAGAGGUUCUUUCUUUAGAGCAGGAUCUGCGGGAGCUGCAACAAGCUACUGAUCCUACUGAAGUCCCAGCGAUUUUCCGCCACUUCUUGACAUCGCUGGAGUCCCCCGAACUCGGUGUAACCGUUUUUGCGAAGCCAAAGAAACGCCGCCGCCGCCGCCGUCGCAAUAAUAAACCACAGGACGUCAAUGAGCCCCCAGAGGUAGUGCUCACCGAUCUAAAAGAUCACCUCACGCGUUCCAUCAUAAACUAUAUCGAAGAAAUCACCAAGAGAACCGUUCUUUUUGAUACGGGCGGAAUUUAUGAGGCUUAUCAUCUGACCCUGACUCCUUCGACUCAAAUCCUCGACGGGCCCCUUCCUGAUCAGUCAAAUAGUGUUCUCAGACGUUUUAAGAACAACGAAUCUUUUCUUCGGGUCUCCUUCCAAGACGAAAAUCGAUCUGCUCUUCGUCAGGAUCCUGCACUGCGUGUGUCUAUCAACGAACUUCUCGAAAAUCGAUACAAGGCUUACCUCAACUCUGGAAUAUGGGUUGCAGGGCGGCAUUACGAGUUCUUGGGCUAUUCAAUGAGUGGUCUGAAGGAGUACUCUUUUAUAUUCGUGACACCUUUCGAUUUUGAAGGUGUUCGAAUGAAUGCUAAGGAGAUUCGGGGCCGUUUGGGUGAUUUCUCGAAAGUCGUGUAUCAACCGGCGAUGUUGGGUGCUCGCUGGGCUCAGGCGUUCAGCUCUUCCUAUCCAUCUGUCACGCUCACGCAAGACCAGAUUCUUUUCUGCGAGGAUGAAUACUCCGCUGACGGAGACUCCUGUUUUAGCGACGGUUGCUCAUCCAUAUCGCCUGAUCUCUUACGGCAAGUGUGGAAGACGCAAAGGCGGUCGUUGAAGAUCAGAUUUCCUCCAUCCGCACUCCAGUUCCGCUGUUAUGGCGCCAAGGGUGUUUUGGCCUGCAACCCCGAACUACCACCAGGGAAACUCACCUUCCGACCUUCCCAAAGGAAGUUUAGUGCCGAAGGAAUACUCACCUUGGACAUCGCCACUACCUCGGCAAGACCUAUCUUGAUGUACCUCAACCGGCCACUCAUUGCGAUGUUGGAACAUCAUGGUGUCUCCAAAAAAUCUUUCAUGGACCUCCAAAAAUCCGCCAUCGAUGAAGUCCAUGGGAUGAAGUAUUCACUGAAACAAGCAUCGAAAAUAUUCUCUCAGCACGGCCUUGGCCAGUCCUACCGCCUUCCUUCGUUGUUCAACAACAUUUAUCACCAACUAAAACUCGAGGUCGGCGAUUGGUCUGACACUUCGGUCCUCCACCACCAACUCAUCAAGACCGCCAUCGCGUUUGCGACAAUGCAUAUACUCCGGGAAAUCAAGCACAGGGGCCAUAUACUCGUUCCUGGGUCCUACACGCUUAUUGGAGUUGUCGACGAGUGGGAUUGUCUAGAGGAAGGGGAGAUUUACGCCACUGUUGUGGACGAACGGAAUAAGCUGAACCUGCCGGUCACGGGUCGCAUUCUCAUCACGCGAAGUCCGCAAAUUCAUCCAGGAGAUGUUCAGUUCGUCAACGCAGUUCAAAAGCCACAACUUGCACAUCUGACAAAUGUUGUUGUGUUUUCUGCCAAAGGAUCCCGAAGCUUGCCUUCAAUGCUUGGAGGAGGAGAUCUCGAUGGUGAUAUAUAUAACCUCAUUCUGGAUGAAACCCUCUAUCCUCCCAAAGGCUAUACUGCGGAACCAGGCAGCUAUCUGGCCAUCCCGCCAAAGAAAACCACCAACCCUUGUACUGUCUCGGACGUCGUGGAUUUUGUCAUCGACUAUAUCAAGUCUGACCUCCUCGGGCUUAUUUCUAUCUUACAUCUGCGCAUUGGUGACUUGAAAGAAUAUGAUUGCCAAGAGUGUUUGAAACUGGCCGAAAAAGCAUCACAUGCUGUUGAUUUUCAAAAGCGCGGGGUGCCCGUGAGCUUCACGGACCUCCCGAGGGCCCCCAGCAAUCUCAAACCGGACUAUCUAUCAGGAGAAGGCGUGAAUCCUGCUGAAUCCAUGGUCGAUAGGUACUAUCCCAGCAAGAAAGUGCUGGGAGACCUAUAUCGAAACGUUCCUAUCGAAGACUACCGACCGACCGAUGCGGAGCUCCUGCUACAACGAAUGGACGGCGACCAGAUAUAUGUGGCAUUCCAAAAUAUGGGCCUGCGCCGACUGGGGCUCCCAAGCGUGGACAGCGAAGUCAGCGAGGACUUGAUGGACGAAAUGAAGGAAAUCAUGGACCGCUACUCAGAUGACCUGCUUGAGAUUGCCAAAGCACACACCAUUUCGCACAACCCCCGCGUGCAUUUGUCGGAAGCUGAGCUUACUGAAGAACUGACCAAAUUGAUCCGAUACGAGUUCCAGUCGCUGGAAUACCGUCCCCAGGCGCGUGAGGCAGAAGAUUCCGACGACGAUGAGUGGGAGGACUCGGAGGAAAUUGCUGGGAACGAGGAACGCCGCGCUGAUCGGUUUAUGCGUGCUUGGGCGGCGUGGUUGGUCGUGGAGGAAACGUUGGAUGAGGACAAGACCGCGUUCGGGCCUUCGAGCUUUGGGUUGUUGGCUCUGGGAACUAUGCUCGAUGUGAUCAAGGAGGCCAAGGAUAAUAUGUGA